UCUUCUCUCCACUCCACUUUACUGAUUUUGCUCCAUUCCCGGCAGAUCUGAGAAACAGCUUCAACUCAGACCGGCCAUGGCCAAAUUCUUUGCUCUCUUCUUCUUCACACUCCUUGCCAUCUCCAUUAUGCUCCAACCCAUUCUCCUUCAUGCUUCUCAAGGAGGGCAUCAUCACUCUAAUAACCAGAAACCCAACAGCCACUAUGGUCCUGGCAGCCUGAAGAGCUCCCAAUGCCCAUCACAAUGCAGCCGGAGGUGUGGGAAGACCCAAUACCACAAACCGUGCAUGUUCUUCUGUCAGAAAUGUUGCCGGAAGUGCCUGUGCGUUCCCCCUGGCUACUACGGCAACAAGGCUGUCUGCCCUUGCUACAACAACUGGAAGACCAAGGAGGGAGGCCCCAAAUGCCCUUAAUUACUCCACUUAUUAAUUUAACGUUACUUUUAGUGGAUGGGUUCGUUGUUUAAUUUAUUAGUUUAGUUUAACGUACGUCGUGUGUUGUCUGUUCUUUGUGUACGUGGCUGGUGGAUGUUAUACUGAACCCACCGUUGUACUGCUAGCAGUUAUUGUUACUGAACCGGUUGUGUGGUUAGUUGGUGGGUUUCGGUAUUCGGUGCAACCACUCGUCAUUUGUUGUUUAGUGCCUAAAAUCUACUUCUAGUGUCUAGAACCGAAGCUUUACGGUCUAUUUUAAUGAUUAUCUUAUAGUGCAUGACUAAAUUGCACAAAAUCAUAUAGUGCAGUUCUUAAGUA